CCAAAUAUACAACCACCACCUCAUUUCCUCCCACAAUCUCCUCCACCCACUAAAAAUCCUCCCCAAUCCUCAAACCCCCCUUCUUCUUUUGAACCUAGCUCUUCUCCUUAUUAUCUCCUCUUCCCUCUGUUUUCUCCUGAAAUCAAAGCAACAUAACCAAAACUUGCAACAAUGGCUUCUGCUGCUGUCACAGCCUCAGUCUCUGUUCCUACGUCGAAAUCCUCUUCUCUGCUGCCUGCAAAAACCUCCAUCUCUUCUACAGACAGGAUCAACUUCAACAAGAUAAGCUUGUACCCAAGAAAUGUAUCCACAAGUCUAAAGCCGGGGUCUAUAAAAGCUCAGGUUACCACAGAGACUCCUGCAAAGGUUGAAAAGGUAUCAAAGAAAAAUGAAGAGGGUGUUGUUACCAACAAGUUCAAGCCCAAGACACCAUACACAGGGAGAUGCCUCCUUAAUACCAAGAUCACUGGUGAUGAUGCUCCUGGAGAGACCUGGCACAUGGUUUUUAGCACUGAAGGGGAAGUUCCAUACAGAGAAGGUCAAUCUAUUGGUGUAAUCGCUGAUGGGAUUGAUAAGAAUGGGAAACCACACAAGCUGAGAUUGUAUUCAAUUGCUAGCAGUGCUCUUGGAGAUUUUGGUGACUCGAAAACUGUUUCUCUCUGUGUGAAGAGAUUGGUAUAUACCAAUGAUCAGGGAGAGAUUGUUAAGGGAGUGUGCUCAAAUUUCUUAUGUGAUUUGAAGCCUGGCUCAGAAGUGAAGAUUACAGGACCAGUUGGAAAGGAAAUGCUUAUGCCUAAAGAUCCAAAUGCUACUAUUAUAAUGCUCGGAACGGGAACUGGAAUUGCUCCAUUCCGCAGUUUCUUAUGGAAAAUGUUCUUCGAGAAACAUGAUGAUUACAAGUUCAAUGGAUUGGCAUGGCUCUUCUUGGGAGUUCCCACAAGUAGCUCAUUGCUCUACAAGGAAGAAUUUGAGAAGAUGAAGGAGAUAGCACCUGACAACUUCAGACUAGACUUUGCAGUUAGCAGAGAGCAAAAAAAUGAGAAGGGUGAGAAAAUGUACAUACAAACUAGGAUGGCAGAAUACGCAGAAGAAUUAUGGGAGCUUUUGAAGAAAGACAACACAUAUGUUUAUAUGUGUGGAUUGAAAGGAAUGGAGAAGGGUAUUGAUGACAUUAUGGUGUCAUUAGCAGCUAAAGAUGGUAUUGAUUGGUUGACUUACAAAAAGGAAUUGAAGAGGGCAGAGCAAUGGAAUGUGGAGGUGUACUGAUGCUUGUAUCUAGCAUUGCAGGCUUUAUGGCUUUUCUAAAAGGAGUCACUCUUAUCCCCUGCCCUCAAUUGUUAUGUAGAUAGCUGAAUUCUCUUGUGUUUUAUAUACAAUGUAACGGUAGCAGGUUUAUGUACCUUGUAACAAAUCAUUUCAUGUUUCUUUAAUUUUUUUUUGCACUACAUAAGAGCACAUAUAGUACCUGCAUUCAAAUAAUAUCACACUUUCA